AUGGAUUACGACAUCGCCCUGGUGCAGCUGCAGGAGGCCGUGCCCGUCUCUGAAUCAGUGGCACCCGUGAAAGGGAUUUUGGGAAGUUUUGUGUCCUUUAUAUUUUACCUCAGAGCGGAUCAAGGUAUCUUCAGAAAGGAGAGUCCAGCAGCAGCAGCCUCAGAUGACCAAGACCAAGCCCAGCAGGAUCCAGGAGCACAGCUGCUCUCUGUGGACACUCCCAAGGAGGGUUACCACAGUGAAGAUCUACAGAAGAGCUGUGAAGCCUGUACUGAAGUUCCAGACUCCAGCCACUGGGUCCUGGUGGAGCCUGACGUCUCCACAGAGAAGAGCGUUUCAACCUACAGCCUGAGCUCUCCUGCAGGGAGGUAUGAGUGCUCAGAGUCUGGUCUGCGCUGGUCGUGUGCUGGUCAAGUCAUCCUGCAGUACCGCUUCACAGACUGGCAACUCUUGGCUGGAGAGCUGCCUCACAUGCAGUACAGACCAGCUGGCCCUUCGAUGGACAUCAAGCUCAUCUCAGGAGAGCUCCAGGAGAUCCACCUGCCACAUUUCCUCUGUUUGGGAGGUAGUCAGUCCUGUCUGAAGGAUGCUGUGAUGGUUCUGCAUAAGCAGGACAGUGGAGUGUGUUUGGAGAAGUGUGAGCUGAGUCGCUUCCAUGCCAGGCUGGUGAACCCCUCCUUUUCUCUUCUUGGACUUUUCUACUCUUUGAUUUCGCUCUUGCUCCCUGGGAAGGAGGUGAAGAUCCAUGCUGAUGUUCAGGUCUAUCUGAGCAGCACAGUACCAUUCACUUUCCGCGCAUACCUCCUGCCAGCGGAUGCCCAUCUCAGACAGUUAUUGGACAACCAGGAAUUGAAGGAAGGAUACAAAGGCGUCAUGCUCGCCAAGGGCCGGCCUGAGAACCCUCUUCAGAUGAAUGAGUUUUAUGUUUUCAAGACCACCUGCAACGCCAAUAUCUGUCCAGGAAAACUAAACCUUAGACGCAGCGAUAUUGUUCCCAACUUCUCUGAGGUGCACCUAAGCGAGGCUGUCGACUUCAAGAUGGAACUUCUCAGCUCUGUAGACCAACAGCAACACUGGGAGGCAACGAUCUGGAAAAAUGAAUGCUUCAGGGAAAAACCCAAACAGGGUGGUGAGAGCACAUUAGAUGCUGCAGACUUCCUCUCCAGACAUCGGGCAGUUCUCAUUCAGAAGGUUCAGAAUGUGAUACAGAUAGCAGAUCAUAUGCUGUCGCAAAACCUUAUCAACGAAGAAGUGUAUGCCAACAUCAGAGCUGCACCGACUGAACAGGAGAAGAUGAGACGCGUGUUUGACGCCCUGGUUUCUCAUGGGGCUGGAGGGAAGAGGGAGUUCCUCGGAAUCCUCCAGAGGGAAUGCCCUGACCUGCUGCAAGAGUUGGGCAGAUGAUCCUCCUGACCAUGGGACUCCUGGAUGGGGAUUAUGUUCAAAUAUCCUUCAGCUAUUGAUUCAUAGCUUUGUAACUUUGUACUUGUACACAGAUGGUCAGUGUAUAGGAGUAUGGAGCCACAGUUGGCACUUCCAAAGUGCUAUGAAAUGAAAUUAGAGAGGUGUUCAUAAUGUCAAAUUGUGUUUUCUGUUUCUUAUAAUGCUGUUAUUGAUAAAUAAAUUGAUUGCUACAUUUGGUGUUUAUGAUACAUAUCAUAGCGGAAGAUAUUAGGGAAGUUAACGGUGUUUGGAGUCAAAAUAUUAAAUAUUUUUCCUCCACAUUAGAGUUGGCCUACUUGAAACAUGAAAGUUUCAGUGGUUGAAACUCAUACUCCAACCCCUGGGGAGAUGUAUAUAAUAGGUAUAUAUUUUGAUUAUUAUUUUUCUUCAGAUUAGCAUUUUCAUAAAAUAUAUAUGUUGAAUCCUGAAAUGUAUACAUAUUCAUUUUUUCUUAUAAUAAUUAGGUUGAUGACGGUUGUUGUAAUUACUGUGAUGGAUGUUUUUUCAUUAAAAUGGACUAUCAUUA